AUGGCCAAUUCUCUAAGACUUGCCUUUCUUGUUCUUUUCCAGAGCUUGUUGGCUCUGUCUUUAGCUCACCGUUACCCAACCAAGUGCAGCUUUGACAAACUAGUCGCACUCGAACCCAGCAAACGGGUUGAGUCUGAGGGUGGUUUUACUGAGUACUGGGACUCCAAGAAUGACCAGUUUCAGUGUGUUGGAGUUUCAGCCCUUCGCUACUCAAUCAAACCCAAAGGGCUCUUGUUGCCUCACUACAUCAACGCUCCAAGACUUCAAUAUGUACUUCAAGGAACAGGAAUUUUGGAAACGGUGGUUCCAGGAUGCCCUGAAACUUUCCGAGAGCAAACACGUCACGGAGACCAGCAUCAGAAAAUCCAUGCCACGAGGGAGGGAGAUGUUAUCGUAGUUCCAACUGGUUCUGCGCAAUGGAUUUAUAACACUGGUGAAACUCAUCUGGUUAUAUUUUCAGUCAUAGACUCUGCCAAUGAAGAUAACCAGCUCGACCUGAAAGUCAGAAAGUUCUUUCUAGGUGGGAAACCGCAAGAAGAGAAGGGAGAGGAAGGCAACAUGUUCAGUGGAUUGGAAUUGAAGACAGUGGCGGAGUCGUUGGAUAUUGAUAUGGGGAUAGCAGGAAAAGUGCAAGGAGUGGACGAUCCAAGAGGUUCGAUCAUCAUUGUGGAAGAUGAGCUGGAGACUUUAAGCCCCGCGGUGGAAGAGAGUGGUAAUGGUAACGGCUUGGACGAAACAGUGUGUACUCUGAGACUUGUUCAUCAGCUAGCUGAGUCCACAGAUGCUGAUAAAUACAACCCACGCGCUGGAUUCUUGACUGCUCUCAACACCCCUAACCUUCCCGUCCUUCAAUAUGUCCAACUUGGCGUUGAUCGAGGUGUUCUCUACAGAAUGCUGUGA